CCCAAACAUACCAGCAAACUUGCGAGCUGCAAACCCCUCGAAAUCACCCUGAGCGAUAUACCGACACGGCCAGCGUCUUCGGAUCCUACCACUCAGCUCUCUCAGCACACUGCCGCUUAGGCACAGUAACCCUGGUUGACCCGCGGCAAACCCACCGAUCAAAAUCCCAGCCCAACUCCGAGUCACCGCUUAAACCCCCAUCCCGGCAAAACGCGCGCGUCGUUAUUAUUAUUAACCGACCGCACGCCCUCCCCUGCUCGCAGACACACGGUAUUGCAUCACCACCUGCAAACAGUCACCCUCAUUAGGCCCCGGCUCCCGUUCAGCAAAACAAGGCCUGACAAUCGUCUGACAAUCCUGGCUACAAACAACAAUUAUAAACAUCACAUCCGCCACGGAGUCUCAGCCCACAAAGCUGGACCUCACCGUCGCGUGUCGGAGCACUUGAUACCAACAUACAAAAUGUUCUUCUCGUCGCCCACCUCCACCAUUACCCCAGCCAUGACAUCGGUGGCCAUGUCGCGUUCAGACUCGCGCGACUCCACCAACUCCAGUUCAUGCUACAACUACACCUCGUACGCGCCCAACUCUGCCUACUCGGCACUUUUGAGCGCGUCGCCAACCUCUUCGUGGCCAUCCUCACAAGGCCUCACUCGAUCAGACAGCAAUGCCUCUACGACCAACUCACAACCUUCGUCAGUGGCAAUGCGACGCGACAGCAGCAACUCUUCAUGGCUGCCUAGCCCCUACAGAUCGUGCAUGUCAUCAUUUGGUGCCGAGCCUAGUUCCUACCUCUCAGACGACGACCUUCUCUGCACGCACGAGUCAUUACCCAUCGAGACCAUUCCGGCGGUGACCCCCAAGAAGGAACUCACCACCGAAGAGCAGAUUGCCUUCCUUCGCGACCUGCAAGAGAAGGAAUCCGCCCACCAACAACAGCCCGAGUCAAGACGCAACAAGACAGUCCGCUUCGCUGGCCCAAGUGAAGAAAAGGCACGUCGGCCCAGCACGCUCAAGCGGCGACAGACCAAUGUCCGUCGCGGGCUGAGUAGCCUCAACGGGCCUCAGUGAGGCUGUGCGAAGCGAUACGACUCACUUUCUGACUUGUUCUGGGCCGCUGGGCUGGUCCCAUGAUUCGGAACCAUUUCGGGCAUCUUACGAUCUUAAUGUGUUAUUAUUUGAAUCUUGAUUUAGCGAAGCGACAAGUGUGCGCCUUGGGUGAUUGGAAUGAACAACACAUCCAUAUUUUGCAUAUACCCCGGGCAUGAUGGCUCUUAACGAUACCCCCUACGGCCUUUUUCCAAAGCCUCAUUUUCAUGGGCUGUGGCAUGUUGAUCUUGGAGACUUUUUCACUCUCCGAGCUCCCGAGGAUCAGAUCAAACAUUGGUGACCUCGAUGGACGAAUAUAGUAUUACUAGCUUAUAAUUUCAAUCUAUUGUAUUGAGAAACACCU